AUCUUGGUACUUUGUACAUCGUAUUACAUAAUAAUAAUUAUAAUAAUUAAAAUAUUAAAAUUAUUUACAACAUUGAAUUGAAUUAAAUACUUUUUACAUUAAUUGGGUGGGGCUAUUCAUCGUCGUCAUUAAUUAUGUCGUGUAUAAAUUAAAUAUCUACAUUGUUUGGAUUGAAAUAAAAAUGUAAUAUUGUUCCCGUGAAAAUGACGAGUCCGUCUGAUGACCAAACUAAAUUUACUGCUUACACAGAUUAACCGAGAAUACUGAAUAACUUUUUCCUACGCGAAUCAGUAAUAAUAAUAAUCUCAUACACGUUUAAACGAUACAAUCCAACCUACUUGGUUUACGUGAACGUUGUAUUAUAACGUAUUAUAAAUUAUAAUAAUCGUACGUAAAAGUACGAGACAUUAAUAUUGGUUAGGUUAUACUCAAACAAAAUAUGAAUGAAGUAUUAAAUAUUCUCAAAUUUGACGGAAUACGACAAUAUUGUUGUCUCUAUCUAUGCUACCUGUAUGGCUACCCUGUAGAUCGGGAUCGUACCUACUAUCAAAAACCUUAAAACCCCAUUGUACGGCGUCUGUGGUUCCGAACGAAAUAUUUCAUAUCAUUUGAAUACUUGCAAACGAAUUUAGAUGUAUAGAUUUUUUUUUCUGCUAUGAUCCAAACAUUCGAAAUCCAUUUAGAAGUUGACUGUUUUGAUUUCCACUUCGUAGACUCGUAUUUCGUUUGAUGUGUAUUAUUCGAGUUAAUUGUUAGGUGUCUUGGUACAUUUCGAAUUGAGCGCAGCAGUUUUAACAUAACGAUUAUUUAUAAAUUACCUAUUUUAAAAAUUUCUUUAUUUCUACAUCAAUAAAAUGAGUGAUCAAAACAUUUUAGACAAGUCUAUGAGAAGUGUUUUUGUUGGAAAUAUUCCAUAUGAGGCAACUGAAGAAAAACUAAAAGAUAUAUUUAAUGAAGUAGGACCAGUUAUAUCGUUUAAACUGGUUUAUGACAGAGAAACUGGCAAACCUAAGGGUUAUGGUUUUUGUGAAUAUAAAGAUCAAGAAACUGCACUUAGUGCCAUGCGUAAUCUCAAUGGCUAUGAAAUUGGAGGUCGUACUCUACGUGUUGACAAUGCUUGUACAGAGAAAUCCAGACUAGAAAUGCAGUCAUUAAUGAUGGGAAUGCCUACAUCAGAAAGUCAUUAUGGUGAUGCUGUUAACGCAGAAAAGGCACCAGAGAUAAUAAAUAAUGUGGUUUCAACUUUACCGCCAGAACAGUUGUUUGAACUUAUGAAACAAAUGAAAGAAUGUAUUCAAAAUAAUCCUGUAGAAGCUAGAAAUAUGUUGCUCCAGAAUCCUCAACUUGGUUAUGCAUUAUUGCAAGCACAGGUUAUAAUGAAAAUUGUGGAUCCAGAAGUUGCUAAAAGAAUGUUGCAUCCUGUACAUAAAGUUCCUCCACCUCUGCACUGUUCUAAUGGUGCAUCAACUUCAAAAGUUCAGUCUAUGCCUCAUACACCUAAUGAUUGGCAACAUAAUAAUAUGUAUCGCGGGCAAAGCUCAAGCCAAGAUUUAAGGCAGGCACAAAAUCAAAUGCCGUUUCAACAACCACCGCCAUCAUCGAUGUCCAAUAAUGAACCGCCUCAAUCAUUUAUGGCUACAAGAGAUUAUCCACGGUCAUCAACAAUGGAUUCAGAAAAUCGAUCAUUUGGAGAUUUUUAUAAUAGAGAUCACAGACCUAAUAAUAGUUUUAUGGCAAUGUCACCACCAAUGGUAUCAGAAAAACAAGUACCUUCACGAACGGUUCAAUCUUCUCAAUCUCAAGUUCAACAAGCAUCUAAUCAAACUGUCAGGACAUCUGAUUCUGAAAAGGCUGCUCUUAUAAUGCAAGUAUUACAAUUAACUGAUGCACAGAUAGCAAUGUUGCCUAAUGAACAGCGCCAAAGUAUACUUCAACUAAAAGAAAAAAUAACUAAUUCUUCUAGAAAAAAAGAUUAAAUCUCAUUGAAAUUGUAUACAUUAUUUUCUACUUGGACUUUAAUACUAUUUAAAUUUAAGAUUAAUAAUAAAUAUUUUUUAAAUAUA